CCUGGGCAUAUGGCUAGGAACUGUCCAAAGGGCCCAAGGGAGGGAAGGUCUAGUGCUCCAUCUCAGCAAAGUACUGGGAGACAUCCUACUGUUGGUAGACCGAGGGUUCAAGAGUCUACUGCUUCUGUUUCUGCUUCAGCUCCUAGUCUGCCGGUUGCGAGACCUGUGUGUUUCCCUACUAGAGUACUUUUUGAUACUGGAGCAUCGCAUUCAUUCAUUAGCCAGGAUUUCAUUAAGAAGCAUACAUUGGAUGUUUGCACCAUGCCUACUGUAUUGUCUUUGCUGUUACCGGAUGGGUCUAGGAUAACUGCUACACUUAUGUGUUCCACUUUUCUCACUAUUUGUGAGGAGUUUGAUGUUCGGUUGGUAGUCUUACCCCUGUUGGAGUUUGAUGUGAUCUUAGGAAUGGAUUGGAUGUCGAAUCAAUUCAUUUCCAUUGACUGCAAUAAGAAAGUGGUGAAGAUCAAGUUUCCUGGAGGAAAGAAACUUGUUUUUCAGGGUGAUCGAGGUGUAUCCUCUAUGAUCAUAUCUUCUAUGAAGGCUUGUAGUUUACUUUUGAAGGGAUACCCAAGCUUUCUAGCACAUGUAAGGGACACUUCCAAGCAAGUGCCAGAAUUGAAGGAGAUUGCUGUAGUGAGAGAUUUUCCUGAUGUGUUUCCUGACGUUCUACCUGGAAUGCCUCCGAUUAGAGAGAUUGAUUUCUCAAUCGUUCUUGUACCUGGUGCUGAGCCUGUUUCAAAAGCACCAUAUCGUAUGGCAGUAAAGGAACUUCAGGAAUUGAAGUCUCAAUAG